AUAUAUAUUUUUAGAACAAUAGAAACCCUAGAGUAAGCAAAGCCCUUAAAUCACUCUUCUCUCGUUGCUUCCCUUGUCCACACAGCCGCUCUCUCUUUCUCGCAUAUCAUCUCAUCUCUCAUUCUCAAUCUCCCUCACUCCGCCUCCGGUCUCUAGGCCUAAAGUGAGAGACUUGCGAAAAUGGUGAAGUUCUUGAAGCAGAACAAGGCCGUAAUUGUCCUACAAGGCCGUUACGCCGGACGUAAGGCGGUCAUUGUUCGGAACUUCGAUGAUGGUACCCGUGAUCGCGCAUAUGGCCACUGUUUGGUUGCCGGGAUCAACAAGUACCCCAGCAAGGUUAUCCGCAAGGACUCCGCCAAGAAGACGGCCAAGAAGUCUCGAGUUAAGGCCUUUGUGAAGCUUGUUAACUACCAGCACCUGAUGCCUACUCGCUACACCCUCGAUGUUGAUCUCAAGGAUGUUGUCAAUGUUGAUGUUCUCCAGUCCAAGGACAAGAAGGUCACAGCAUUGAAGGAGACCAAGAAGCGUUUCGAGGAGAGGUUCAAGACCGGAAAGAACAGAUGGUUCUUCACCAAGCUCAGGUUUUGAGUCAGUGCCACACCAAAUGCUUUACAUUUUGGGUAUUUUUCAGAAAAAUGUUUCUGGUUUUUGUUUCCUGCUUUUAUGGAUAUUUUUGAGUUAUUUUUUUUAUCUAUCUUGAACUGAUUUAGGUUUAAAAACUAAAAGGUUUUGUCUUUUGUUGUUUGUCUUGGCAGUUGAAACUAGAAAGAUAGCGAUGUUUGUUCUA